AUGAACGUGUUAAAGUGUAAAAUACUUUUCCUUGUCUUUUUCGUUCUAGUCAACAGCACUGGCGCCUUCCACUUCAAGGCCUUGGAGUUUUACGCGCGGCUGUUAAAUGGAGAAUUUCUCGAAUCAGGCCCCUUCGGUAGCGGUAGCAGUUCUACAAAAACCGAGGAAAAAACAGAAACCACCGAAUCGCGAGCUGCUGCGGCUCACGGGCAGUGGCAUCAAAGCACGCUCCACGAUUACCUAACGUACAAGGACAAAGAUUCAUGUUCCGUGGCGGACGAAAGCGAGCUCACCGAUGGGCUCAAUCCGGAUGGUAGUCGUAAGACUUCACUGCGCGUCAAGUGCAAUCCAGUGGAAGGCAACGGGACAUUCCAUAUCAUUACGCUGAAGGAAACUGUCACAGGAUUCGCGCACAACGGCAAUGCAACAAAGCGCAACGAAGUGGGCAGUUGCUUCUUGAUGCUGUUUUACUCGAAAACCUGCAUCCACAGUGCGAUGGCGGCCCCACAUUUUAACGCGCUCGCUCGACACUUUCCCGAUCUGUUGGUUACUGCCGUCGAUGCACACAAUUUCCAUUUCCUCAAUGCCGAAUUCGGCAUCGUGGGGCUGCCCACGUUCAUGCUUUUCCACCAGGGGCGACCACUGGUAAAGUACAACGGCACGGAGAUCACUCUCGCGUCGCUAGCCAAGUUCGUUACGAGACACACCGGCAUAGAACCGCGGUUGGUAAACCAAAAGAGCAGUACCACGGUGCUGCACUACAUCUCUGACGAUUUCAUUGGACCGCUGUCGAAUAAGGUCGAGUACCGAACGGAUUACUGGUUGUACAUUGCCUGGCUGUUUAUCAUUAUGUGCACGUGCUACUACUUCUCCAAAUCAACCCUGUACGCUCAAAUCAUCGAGAUGAUCAAACGUAACUGGCGAGAAUCGGCAGCUCAGCAUAGUUAG